GCUCCUAUGAAAUUUGACUAUUCGGAGAUACCGGUACCCGAUAUGGAGGACAUCGAUAUGAGAUUUAUAGACACGCUUCCCGAGCUGCGCGGUGUCGCAGCACCGGCGGAUGAGAUCCAUCGCGCGAUCGCGUUUCUUAACGCGGAUGAAGCGACUCUAAGAGGGGCGAUGAUGGGGUCAGGAAUCCCCGGAAUGACGGGGUGUCUGAUGGGCGACGCGGAUCUCUCAUCGGACGGUCUGGAUUUCAUCCCGGACGGAUCUAUUACCACCCCUGACGGAAGCAGCAGUGGCGGAAAUCUGCUGAUUUGCGGGGAGCAGCAAGUUUCCCGCCAAAAUCUUUUGCAGCAGCAUCAGCAUCAGCUCCAGCUGCUACAGCAGCAGCUUCAGAAACAGCAGCAGCAUCCGCAUCAGCAGCAGCCCGUGCUGAGUCAGCAGCAGCAGCAGCAACACGGAAACAUCCACCAAGACGUAUCAGGAGCGACCACGUGGCAGGGAGGCUCGCCGCCAACCACGGGGUCGAUUGUAGCCCACCACGUGUCCGGCACGUUCACCGGCAGCAACUUCAACGGCAGUAACGGGAACUUCAAUAACGGGAACAUGAACGGCGGCGGCGGGGGAUUGAACGGCGGGGGCUUGAGCGCCGGGGGUUUGAACGGCGCGGGUUUGAGCGGUGGGGCAUUCAAUGGCGGGCAGAACUGCGCGACCCUGGUGCCCGGCGGAAGCCGCCUUAGCGUGGAACAAGCGCUUCUUCUCAACAUGUCGCGCACUGAAGCGGAGAUGCGCAAAGUGGUGAUGGAGCGAGACGUGCUCAGAGAGGAGGUUGCGCGCAACCAGGCCGCCUUGCGCCAGCUCUCCGCGGACAAGUCCGCGCUCGAGGAGCGCGUGCGCGCGCUGGAGGGCAGCGUGCGCACGCUCGAAACCCGCGCGCGCCAGCUCGCGGGGGACAAGGGGCAGCUCUCCGCGGAGCGCGCGCAGCUCUCCGCGGAACGCGCGGGGAUCGAGUCGCUGGUCCGCGCAGCCAAACAGGAGGCAUUCGCGCAGGCGGUCAGCCAGAAUCCACACCGCGCUCAGCUGCGCGCCGAUCCCCCGCGGAAUCCGCUUCGCCCCAGUAGACGCGGAAGUAUUCCAGUACCUUUCCAGGAAAGUUCGCGGGGAGGUAGAGGACGUGGGUCUAGACCGCCUCCUAGUGCAGAGAUUAAGACGCGUCGGCGGACUGCGACGGGCUUAUACCGGAGAUAGAGCUGCUGAAGUUCCCCAGGCCGUGGCACCUGCCCGGUUAGACGUCUCCCCGGACGGCAAGGGUCUAACGGGAUUUUUCUUCGUGAAGCCCGAAUGGCGGCCGAACGAGCGGCGCCGGCGGCGAGAGGCGGACAUGGCGCCGUGCGACCCGAAGCCCCCCUGCUGGAAGGAGUCUUGCCAACCCACUCCGUUCGCGGACCUUGCGCCGUGCCUUGGGCUCUCUGUG